ACCCUUCGUUUCAGGUCUACAGUUGCCGCUAUGGCCAACUUGGGCUUUUUCCAACUGCUAAGGAAAAACAAAGAACUCAUUCCUUUGAUUGGUUUUGUGGGCGUGGCAGCAGGUGGGGCUCUAACUGCUUCUCUGUAUUCCCUAUGCACCAAAAGUGAUGUGAUUGUUAACAAGUCUGGCAAUCCAGAACCUUGGGAAAAUGUGAAUCCUAACCAGGCUCAAAAGCUUAUAUCAAUCAACCAGGAGUGGAAAUCCAUAGAGGAGCUGGAGAAGGUCAAAAAGAUGAUGAAGUGACAAGUUGCCAUUGCCUCAAAAAUGUACUCUAUGAAUCUAGUGGAAUCAUUUCUGCACAAACUCGACUACUGAAAUCAGUGUGCGGAAAUGCUUCUGCUACGUUUUUAGGGUCUCCCUACAUUUUUGGACUCUGGAUGAGGAAUUUCAUUUUGUCUUAGUGGUUACUUAGAAAAUCCACACAGUCCAAAAAUAAACAUCUCUUUCAGGUACUCAUUGUUUCAACAGUCAUGUUUAACUUGAUGUACAAUGUUCAAUAUGCAGAGUAUUAACGGGGUGGAAAAUCCUUCAUUCAUAUAUGAGCUUUUUAGAAUGCUGAAUUAUUUUUCUUAAAAUAUAUAUAAUUUUGUAAAUUUUCUAAUAAAAUGGGCACUUAUGUUUAAAUGUUUAGAUUUAUUCAAAAUUCCCUGUGGCUUCAAAAAGAUCAGGAGCAAGACCAUAAUGAGUGUGAAAGUGUCAAUAUUCUUUUAAAAGAUCCUCUCCAAAAUAAGAACUCUGGUCUGUUGCUUCUUAGUUCUUUAUACCAUAUUUCAGUGAUGUGUGCUAAUUUUACCGAGAUGCUAUUUGUACAUGGUAGCAUAAGUGGUCAUAGUAGAAAAUUUGGCUUCCAGUUCAGAUUUGGUGAGUCCCAAUCCUACAAAGACUUACACAUGUUCUUAACUUUGCACUGUGUCAGUUGUACCAUUGACUUCAGAGGGACUACUCAGUGCAUAAAUUUAAGCAAAUGUGUAAGUCUUUGCAGGACCAGGUCCUAAGACAAAUUAUCAGCACUUCAGUAUGAGUGAAACAAGAGCAAAUCUUUUGUAUUUGUAAGUUCCUGCUGUUUAUUCCUGUGAAAAUUUUAUUAAAGUAAAAUGAAGAUUAA